GUUGUUUAUAUUUAUCUUCGUCAAGGAAAGAAAUGGGGCUAAAUUAAAUUACACUUGACAUCAUAAGUUGGGGGGUAAUUACUGUAAUUAGGACUAACAUCAGGGGUGUGAGUAUAUUUCACCCAAUUAUUGGACAUUCUCACCUCGAACUUGCUCUCCUUUCCCUCCAAACCGUGCAAUUGCAAACCCUAGAAGAAGAAGACGACGACGAAGCAUAAGCAGGGCAUCACAGCUCAUAGGAACGACCAUGGCCAUAGCUAGAACUGGAGUGUUCGUCGACGACUAUUUGGAGUGUAAUUUCAUCUUCAAUUCCACCGACAUAACGCAAGCACAUUGCCGGCAGAGCUCCAGAGGCUUCUCAAUACCAUUAGGGAGCUCGAUGAACGUUCCCAAGCUAUGGUAAACCAGACGAGACAGCAGACCAAGUUCUGUUUGGGACUGGUUUCUCAGAGCUCAAAGAAAGGCAAUAGUGAAGAAGACGAGGCUGUGUUCGAGAAGAUGAAAAGGGAUAUUGAAGCAAACCAGGACAAUGCUCUAAGCCUCUGCACAGAGAAGGUUCUGUUGGCACGUCAAGCUUAUGACCUUAUAGAUAGCCAUAUAAAGCGUCUUGAUGAAGACUUGACCAACUUUGCUGAUGAUCUAAAGCAAGAGGGAAAAAUACCACCAGAUGAACCAGCAAUUCUUCCCCCAUUGCCUUUAGUCCCUAAAAAUGAAAAACGCAGACCACUUUAUGGAACACCUCAACAGAAAAGGCCAGAUUACAGGGAUAGGGACUGGGAAAGAGAGCGGGACAGGGACUUUGAGCUCAUGCCUCCUCCUGGUGGCCUUAAGAAGGACUUUGCUUCUCCUCUAUAUCUUGAUCAAUCCAUUGAUCCAAAUGAACCUACAUACUGUGUGUGCCAUCAGGUGUCUUUCGGAGACAUGAUUGCCUGUGACAAUGAAAAUUGCCAAGGAGGUGAAUGGUUCCACUAUGCUUGUGUUGGGCUCACAUCAGAGACGAGAUUCAAAGGAAAGUGGUAUUGUCCAACCUGCAGACAGCUUCCACUAUGAGGACCUGCCUUGAGACUGUGUGGUUUCAUUUGCUUGCGCGCGCUUAGUCAAAUAUAUUGCUGCUAAUGAUUCAUUUCAUAGAGUAGUAGAUAAAGUUGGGAGGAACAUGAUUUUUGUGCUAAUAAUUACUUUUGUAAAAUCUUAUUGCAAUAUCAGAAUAGGAACAAGUGUAUUUUAUAGGUUUAUUUGCCGAUUUGCCAAGGAGUUUGAGUCGGUAUACAGAGAUGAUGUUGAGAAGCAACUGGGGGGUGGCGGUGGCAUUUCUUCUUCAGGUUGCUGUUUGUGGGCAGAGCAGAUAGGUGACCAGUUCCCUGUUCGCCCUCUC